CCGCGUUACACGUGCUUUGAAAAUGCCCAGUUCUUUUUUUCUGCCGCAUUUGGAAAAUCCCGAUUAUCCAUCGUUAGGUCCGACUCUAAAGGGUCUAAAAUAUUGGGGUAUGUGGCAAUCGGGCGGGAUUAAACGGAUUUUGUACAAUUCAAUUCACGCAUUCGCUACGUUUUUCGUGAUCACCCAAUACGUGGAGCUUUGGAUUAUCCGGAAUAACGUCGAGUUAGCAUUGAGGAACCUCUCUGUCACGAUGCUUAGUACCGUUUGCGUCGUAAAAGCCGGUACUUUUGUCUGCUGGCAAAAAUAUUGGAGCGGCAUUAUCGGAUUCGUCUCCAAUUUAGAAAAGGAGCAACUGUCGAAAAAUGAUGCCGCCACGCAGGCCGCUAUCGUCAAGUACAUCAAAUAUUCACGCCGGGUCACCUAUUUUUAUUGGAGUUUGGUCACAGCCACUGUUUUUACAGUGAUUUUAGCGCCACUGGUUGGUUUUUUGUCGUCACCAGAACGUGAAUUGAUAGCGAACGGUACUUUACCAUAUCCUGAAAUAAUGAGCUCAUGGGUACCGUUCGAUAGAUCGAGAGGCUUCGGUUAUUGGGUAACGGCUUUAGUGCACACUUUGAUCUGUUUCUACGGAGGCGGUGUGGUUGCGAACUACGACUCUAACGCGGUUGUUUUAAUGACGUUUUUCGCUGGACAAAUGAAGCUUUUAUCUAUAAACUGUUCGAGAUUGUUCGAUGAUGGUAAUGAGAUCAUUAGUAACAAUGAAGCCAUGAAGAGAAUUAAGGAAUGCCAUUAUCACCACGUGUAUUUAGUGAGGUUUUCCACAAUUUUUAACUCACUGAUGUCACCAGUCUUGUUUUUAUACGUUAUAAUAUGUUCGCUCAUGCUUUGUGCGAGUGCUGUGCAAUUGACGACGGACGGAACUUCAAACAUGCAGCGUAUUUGGAUUUCUGAAUACCUUAUGGCUUUAAUAGCGCAGCUUUUCCUGUACUGUUGGCACAGCAACCAGGUUCUAUAUAUGAGUGCGGAAGUGGAUGACGCGGUCUACUCGAGCAAUUGGUGGUCGCAAGGUCAUCGUGUGAGACGAAGCAUGCUGCUCCUGGCUGGACAACUCCGUAGAACCGUUGUCUUCAGCGCCGGCCCUUUCACUGAUUUAACAGUUUCCACUUUUGUUGCCAUUUUGAAAGGCUCAUACAGCUAUUACACUCUACUCAGCAAAAAAGAAGAUAAUCUUGUCUGAACUCGAGCGAAGAGAAAUAUUAUUAAGUUUUUAUUCAAAACUAGCUGACCCGACAGACUUCGUAGUGCUUCAAUCGAUAAAUGAAAGACCUAAACUUUUGUAU